AUGACGACGAAGGAGAAACCGGAGGAGCUGGACAGGAUCCAGAAAAGGGUCAACAAGAUCCUGGAGUCGCGUCUGGAGUCGGAUAAGGACACCUUGGACGCUCUGAGCGGCUUGUCCACCUUCUUCACGGAGAACACCCUGCAGAACCGCAGGAAUUUGCGCAGCCAGAUCGAACACCGCUCCGUGGGCAUCAACGAGAACUUCCUGAAGGCCUUCCGCGAGGUGAAGCUCUCGCUGGACGCCGUAUGCGAAGAUCUGGACACGAUGGCCACGUCAGUUGAGACGAUGAAGUCGGAUCUGGAGACCUCGAAGGCGCUGACCAAGGAUCUGAUCGAGCAGACGAACACCAUGCAGCGGGAGCGGGAUCGUUUGGAGGUCCAUCAGCAGAUUGCCCAGGCCUUCCUGGCCCGCUUUCAAUUGAGCGGUGCGGAGCACCAGUUGCUCUAUGGCGCCGCCAAGGAUGCACCCAUUGUGGCGGACUUUUUCCGGGUUCUGGACAGGGUCCAAGGAAUUCAUGCCGAUUGCCGGCUACUGAUGCAGUGUGGCUACCAGACAGCUGCACUCGACAUCAUGGAAGAGAUGACGUUGCACCAAGAAGGCGCUCUGGAGAGGCUCUAUCGCUGGACCCAGAACCACUGUCGCAGUUUGGAGAACAACGAGAUCGGCCCGCUGAUUGUGGAAGCCAUGAGCCGGCUGCAGGAUCGUCCUGUGCUCUUCAAAUACGUAAUUGAUGAGUAUGCCAUUGCGAGAAGGGCUGUUCUAGUGCGCCAGUUUAUAGAGGCCUUGACAGAAGGUGGUCCCGGGGGCAAUCCCAAGCCUAUUGAGCUGCACGCCCAUGAUCCCAAGCGUUACAUUGGCGAUAUGUUUGCCUGGCUGCAUCAAAGCAUUCCCAGCGAAAAGGAGAACCUGUCGUUGCUAUUCAAAAAGUGCGAUAAGCAGGAUAUUUCUGACCAGCUACAGAACGCCUUGGGCUACAUAGCCGAUGGCGUUUGCCACCCACUCAAGGUGCGAGUGGAAACAAUAUUGCAGGCGGAGAAGGACACCAUUAUUUUGUUUACCAUUUCCAAUCUGCUGCGCUUCUACCAGCAGAUUAUGCGACAAGUGGUUCAGGGCGGCAGUCUGGAGGAGUGUCUGGUGGAGCUGCAGAAGAGUAGCGAGCAGAUUUACCUGGGUGCCUUGGCCGCCCAGGUGAGAAGCGUUCUGCAGCGACCAUCGGGAGGAUCGGGUUUGGCCUUGGAGCCACCGCAAAGGGACCUCGUUCCGCCGCCCAGCGUUGCCCGCUUACUCAACAUGCUCAAGGAGAUCCUUUCAGUGGCCACCAUGGUCGAUGGCCGCCAGGCGGACAUCACCAAGAUCGUGAGCUGUGUGAUAGAUCCGCUACUGCAGUCCGUGCAGGAAAGCGCCGCCCAUCUGCCCACCGUGGAUAUGGGCGUGUAUCUCCUAAAUUGUCUCCAUCACAUGCAGAGCUCGCUGGCUGUUUACGAGUAUAUGGACGAGCGUGUGGAGCGGUUGCAGGCUCAAUCGGAUGCCCAACUGGACACUCUAACCUCCGAGCAGGCUUCAUCGCUGGUGGCGAACCUCAAUCUGGGUCCCAUCUACGCCAUCCUGCAGAGCAAUCAGUCAAAAAUCGAGACGAAUCUGCUGAAAAUCUUCAUGUCCAAAAUGGACGCCUUUCUGGAACUGCCCGAUGUGCUGCUCCUGCCGCAGGUACAGCUUAUCAUGUCCAGCAGUCAUCGGGCCGCCGUUCAGAAGCGCUCCUUCAACGUGAUUGUGGCCAUCUACAAGCAGAUCUACGAGCGAGUCCACGACCCGGCCAAUGGCUUCGAGCAGCCGGAGCAGCUGCUACACAGGACGCCCGAGCAGGUGGCCCACAUCCUGACCUCCACCUAG